CGGGAUUCUCAAACAUCCAUUAUGGCGCAUCUCGGCGGCCAUGCGUAAAGACUAUCCGACAGACUAAUUCUCGUCGUAGGUGUUGUACAAAAGAAAGCCGGUGCAGAUGGUGUCGCCGCCAGUCGUGAAGGACGACUCUGUAGAGCUCUACGUCAUAUCGCAGACCAGCGAAGCUUUCACGGAUUACCAGAGCUAUAUCGAUAGGCUCGAAUUUUACAAGGCGAAACAUUUCAGCUGCGAGAUCACCGGUCAUAUGAACCUCAACUACUUCGAAGCCCUUAAGAGCGAGACGGAGCAUUCCCAAGACGUUGAGCAGCAAUUCCCGGAGCCAUUAAAAGAACCGGUAUUGCGCAAAGUGCAGUUUUCGACUGUUUCUAGGAUCGAUACCUUGGUGGACCAGCUUCACGACUCCUUCAAGAGCGACUUCUACCCUGGCGAGCAUGUGACAGCAAUACUUCCCGGCGGAGACCGGGUCGAAGCCAUCAUCCGCGAGAAAACCAUGUUUCCAGAGCUCAGGUUCGCCAGCGGAGAGAUCCAACGAAAGGGUUACUCUCGGUACACCGUCAAGAUGGUCAACCGGAACGAGGAGGAGGCCCAGAUCGACAACGAGCACCUGAUUCGCGACAAGAAGACGUUCACGAAGCACAUGCUGCGCUCCUUUAUUAAGAAUACGGUAGCGCGCGAACCGUGGACCGGUGCACCAUGGUUGGUGAAGGAUGAGUAUGCCGGCCGGUACAAGAUCCCCUCGAUGGUGCCGGUUCAUCUCCAGCGCGCUACCACGACAGCAGAACGUAAGGCUCAGCAGGUCAGACGCAAACAAGGCUCGACAGGAGUCAGUGUGGACGUUGUGACAAGUGGGAGUGCAUCGCCUCCUAGCCCUGUCGAGAUACGACCUGCACCGAAAUCGCAUAAGAGUAAGACCCAGCAAGCCAUGAAAAUGUCCAAAUUAUUCCAAGAAUCAAGGAUCGAGUCCCCGAGUAUGGCUGGAUCGCCUUGGGCCGGCAGUCCUAUGGGGACGCCCGACGGAAGUAUCCAUAAGCUGAAUAUCAAAGCGCUAGUCAAACCGGAUCCUACGCCGCCUCCUCCGCCGCCGCCGCCGCCGAAGCCCAUCAAGUACCCCAUCGAGGACCUCGAUCUCCAACCGCAAGAAAACGCUUGUCGGCCGGCAUUGCAUCAUCUCUCGUCUAUCGAUAUUGCGCCCUCGUCAAGCGCUGUAGCCAUUAAGGAAAAUGGUAUCGACGAGGAGAAAGUGGCGUUCUAUCUCAGCACUUGGGUUUUUCUCAACAUUUACUGCGAGCCUUUCCUCUUGGAUUCGUUCACCUUCGAUGAUUACGUUCAGGCCCUGCAAUACCACAACGAAGAUAUGGAUUGCGAACUCUUCGUGGAGAUUCACUGCACUCUACUAAAGGCAAUCGUGAAUGACCAGGGUGUCGUUCAGGUACAACUUCCGGAACCGGAGGAAGAGGAUGAGGAAGAAGAGGAGGACGAGGAUGAGGAGAUGGAAGAUGAGAAGCCGGAAAAGGACGAUGGGAGCUCCACCCAGGACAUAAAUGCGGUGAAUGGGGGCGACUCGGACGAGAAUAACGACGGCACCACCAAGUCUUCGGACAAGGAAAAGAAGCAUCGCGCAGAUGAGCUAUUUGACGAUAGCGAAGGUUGGGUGCAGUUGCUCAAAGCCCGCCAGUUUAAAAAUGGAGGCUGGCAGGCGAUUGUGGUCGGCGUUCUGUAUCAACUGUCCUGGGAUUCGCGCUUUUCCAAGGACACCGAGGAUAUCUUGGCUUACCUAGCAUCACCGGAUGAAAAACCAACGAUGGAAACAGUAAAAGCUCGAUACACAACUAUGAACAGCAACCUACGUGUCAUGGUCAUCCAGUUGCUGUCCCGAUUAACUCAUGAAACCCGGACGGUCAGGGACUAUAUGGAGGAAUGUUCAGAGCAGAUGACUAAGCAUCGCAAGGAGAAGAUUGAGCACCAACGCAACCGUAAGAUCUACUUGGAGGAACUUAAGUCGUUGGAAGACGACAGGAAAAUUCUUCUGCCGGAAAAUACCCCCAAGUCGCCGUCACAGACUCCCGAAACAACACGAGCAUCGACCGAUGAAGAUGGCGACGUUAAGAUGAACGCUGUCGAGGUAGAUUACGAGGAUGAGGACGAGGACGAGAGUGCUAGGGCGCGUCGUCGUGGCGGAGAUCGUGCGAACGAACGCAAACGGAAGCGGGUGGAAGAGAAGGCCAAAGCCGAGGCUGCAGCCAAGAUACCGAAGACGUCGAAACACUUCCAAAAGGUCGUCAAAUCCAUCGAAUCAGUCAAGGCCAAGAUCUUGAAGGAGGAAGAAGCGAUUGUUACACUCGACGAGGAUCUUCGACAGGCAGACUGCGCGAGAUUCAAAAUGAUGGGUCAGGACCGGUACUGGAACAAAUAUUGGUGGUUCGAACGAAACGGCAUGCCGUUUGGUGGUUUACCCGACUCUUCGACGGCCCACUCCGGCUAUGCCAAUGCGAUGAUCUGGAUCCAAGGUCCCGAUGAGACCGAGCGCCAGGGGUUCCUCGUGGGAGAAGCCGGAACAAAGGCGGCUACACCACCCGACGCAAAUGAUGACGUCCAAAUGAACGAUCACGGGGAGGAUAGGAUUACGGUUCUGGAUCGGCAAGCUCGCGAGGAGAAUGGAACAACCCUCGCGUCUCCUACUCAGUUUGGUUUCAUCGAGACACCCGAAGAGUUUGACCAGCUGAUGUCUUGGUUCGACGUCCGGGGUGUGAGAGAGAAGAAGCUGAAGGCUACGUUCGAGCUAUUCAAGGACCACAUACUGGGAGGAAUGCGCAACAGAGAACAAUACCUUUCAGAGUCUGUCGCUGCUGCGCUGGAAAACGAAAAUGGCACCGGAACAGGAAGAAUGAGUACCCGCGGAAAGACUCAUUUCGACCCCAACGUCUGGCGCUGUCUCAAAUGGCGCAACGACGUGGCGAGGGAUGAAAUCCAACAUACUCAUUACGACCAGCCUCAACCGCGGAAGAAUGCUUCCAAAAAGAAAGAAGGCAAAGGCCUUCCACUGAAUAGGCAAGGCAAGCCUGUUAGUCGGCAAGGAGACCGCUACAACUUUUAACGGCCCAGGACUGAUCGUCCUGGAGCGGAGGCACGCCUUUCUCAACUUCUGUGUCUCUUUCUCGAAUUCUCGUUUUCAGCACCUAGGGACAUUUCUUAUUUGACGUAGGUACUCGGUAUUUGGAAUCGUUGGCGCAAGGUUUAUUUUUUUAUCCUAUUUGGGAUUUGGGAUUUGUUUACGCAUCGCGGCUGGCGGGGG